GAAAAUAAAAUGUCACAAGAAGAUCGAACAUUUUCCGUUUCAUUCCCUCAAACUGAUGAAGAUUGACUUGUUUUUCUUUGGCACUGCAUCUCUGCUCCAGUUGGGGAUCUCGGUGGAUCUAACUCUGGCACUUAGCUGUUCACGUGUGUGCCAUAACGCACCUUGUCCUUGGCUCCACAACCUGCCGCUGCGUGAGUGCGGCAGCGUGAACCAGUGCCCUUCGCUUUGGCGUUGUUCUUGAGCUGGAGAUUGUGUUGCAGUGCCAUUAGGUACAAGCCCGUACUACAGUGUUGACUCGGACACACCCGUGACCAUCAUAGCCAUUCUCACAGUCACACACACGCGUGGCUAGCUCUUGUUCACGUUGUUGUCCAUCUGCUGAGCAUUCAACAGGCUGGUGUUGCUGGACCCGGUAUUGGGAAUUGGUGCAGGUCGACUGACGAAGACAAAGCAUUCUAGCUAUGGCUGCUCCUCAAGAGGACGCUGCCGAAGCAUCCAUUCCACGUGAGAGCCGCCGUUCUGGCACGCAUGUCGAGCUGCCCCACCCAAUCUGGACCGUCAACUCCUAUGCAAGCUUCGCACAGACGGAAGAAGGCAAUACUGGAUCCGGUGCAGAUGGUGAUGGCGGCCAUUCCUACCUUCCUCCUAGCCACGACCUUGAGAUGCAGUCGCGUCAAACCGAGCUCUAUACUCUGGUCCACGGCGAUCUCGCCGAAUACUACAAGGAUCAUCCAGAGCUGGACGCCAUGCUGAAAGACUUCAUGCUGCUCGUCUUGCAGCAGAAACCCAGCGAUGUCUUUGCGUUUGCCAGGGACUACUUCGCCACGUUCUCCAAACAGCCGCAUGCACCGGCACAGGAUGGAGGUGAGGCGGUGCCGGUGCCUGAUCAGUCUAGCUAGCCAGAACGCCAUCGGAUCAGUUCAUGAUUCAUGAUUCACUACGGCAAGUCUGCCCAUUGUUACUGGACAGUCACGCGGGUGUGGCCUGGUCUAACUCACAGAGGUACCCGCACCUACAUAUAGCUGUCACCCUCAAACAAUAAGUUGCCAUGGCAUACUACUUCUCACACACGGCAGCACUAAGUUGCGGCCUUGUACAGCGCUGUACAUAUGUUGCAGAUAGCCGUAACGUUAAUGAUUAUGCAUAAUUUGUGGAGAGUGCUGCUUUGGCUUUCCCGGCGCAUAGCCCGUUAGCAUAGCACACGACAGCACUCUGGACCGAGGUUAUUUUUGUGUGUUUGAUAGUCCAAGAUGCUGCCGUAGCAGCACGCCGCUAUGCCGGCUUCCUCUUGAGUUCAAUAAUAUGAAGUACUGUUUGUGUAUUUUUUCACGAAUGGGCGAUCACAUUUGGUGCAAAGUGCCUGUGAACAGGUUGAGGCUGAGAGAAUUUCCAGUAAAUAUUUGAGUCAUGUUUGCGGGUUCAAAAAGUUUUAAAAGCUGA